CGGACUAUGAAACCACUUUAUUUGAAUUUUCAACUUUUUCAAACAGCGGGAAAAAUCGAUCACAUGAUCAGAUUUCCAAAUCAAUUUUUGACAACGACAAACAAAAAUGAGUGUGGGUUGAAUUAUUGUAUAACGAAGGAGGGUUAUGACCUGCUUAAACUUCAAUAUCAAUUAUAGUAAUAUACAUCAUAAACAUCAAUGUCAUCGGCAAUUCCAUACUUACCAGAUGACUUCGAGGACAAUAACCCUUCUGCUGCACCAAUCGAUCAAGAGAUUAGCCAAAAUCAUUUCGCAGAACAACCAAUAUGGUCUGAACAAAUACCGCAAUAUGAAGAUCAACAUGAAGAUACACCUGAAGUAGAAACCAUUACUACAGAUCAGAAUACAAUACAAGAUCAACAUCAACAUCAAGGUCAAGAAGGUGCUCAACUGGGAAGAUUGACUGAGGCUGAGUUGAAGAAGUUGAUCCCUGAAAGAUUCACUAAUAAAUAUCAAUUAACUAUCAAAUUGUUGGGAAUUGAAAAGAAUAAGAUUGGUAAUCCUAUAUUAAGAUUUGAUGCUACUAUAAAAGGAUUACCUAGAUACAGACAGAAUAAGUAUAAAGAUAUAAGGAGAACAUAUAAUGAAGUUGUUAAAUUCAAUCGAUAUUUGACUGUGUCCAAUUUGGAAGUGUUUAUACCUGUCAUUCCAAGUGCGACUACAUCAUAUCCAUCAGGUGGAGAAGAUGAAACUAAACAAUUGAUCUACGUGUGGCAAGAAUGGUUUAAUAGAAUCACAUCCAAUCCUAUUUUAAUCAGAGACGAUGAAUUCAUCUAUUUCAUUGAGAAUGAUUUUGGUUAUUCUGUCAUAAAUACUCAAAGAAAGACAAAUGUGGCAAGUGGUUUAGUACGUAAGACUUUAAAACAAUUAGCAGUCCCAUAUGAUCCAUAUGAAGAGUUGGCUGAUUUCAGACCGUUGAUUAAAGCAGCCUAUUUAACAUGUCAAAAAUUACAUAAAUUAUUAGAUAAAAGUUCAAAAACACAAAAACAAUUAUCAAUCAGUAUAUUUGAUUUAUCUAAUAAAUUAGGUGUUUUAUCUCAAUUUGAAAAUUUACAUCCUGGUAUGAAGAAUAUGUGGGAAAAAUUAAGUAAAAUAGUUCAAAUAAAUUCUGAUUUGGAUUUAAUUGAAUCUAUUAAUGAAAUGGGUUCAUUGGGUGAUGGAGUACAAGCAUUAAUUGAUGAUUUUUAUGAAAUCAAGGAAGCUUUAACUAAUAGACAUUUAAUAAUGAGAGAAUUGAUACAAGCAGAAACUCAAACUCAAGCUAAACAUUUACAAGCCACAAAGAUAAAGAAUAAGUCAGCCUUGGAUCCAAUUAAAGUUGAUGAAGCUAUUAGAUCCUUGGAGUAUGCUACGAAAGCAGAAGAAUCAUUAAACUUACAAGUUAAGAGAAUAUCAGGGGAAAUGUUAUUUGAAAAAGAUGAAAUAAUAUCAUUCACAGAACAUAAAUUUCAAAGACUCUUGAAGACUUAUACGUUAAAUAAGAUUGAAUAUCAUCGAAAGAUUCUUAAACAUCUUGAAAAUAUAAGAUUGGAUGUUCGUAUUGUUGAUGAACGAGGAGGGUUAUCGAGAUUGAAUAGAGAUAACCUUAGUAAUUUGAAGCAUAAUUUAUUACAAUCUCAAUCUGCUAGUGGUGAUUCAUGGUCUUCCAGAACAUUUCGAUCCUUGAAACAAGAAGAAGAAGAACGAGAACAAAGAUUAGAGCAACAAGAGGAAGAAGAAGAUCAAGAUGAUACUAAGCUUUCAACUGAUAAAACUGUAAUUGAUGCUAAAAAUGCUGCUAAUUUGUUAGGGGUAGCUACCUUUUAGUCUUGUUUUUAAAUAGGGUUUGUAAAAUAUAUAAAUGCUUUAUUGUCGUAUUAUAUUUUGUUAGGCGCGCUUCAGUUACUGUGGGAAAAAAGAAAAGAAAAAAAUCAAAAAAUCAAAAC